AUGAGGCUUAAUUGUACUCUGUUGUUAGAGAACGUGGGGUACCCUCUGUCCCGGCCGGUCCCGGAGGAGGAGAGGCCGUUCAGCGAGGAGCUGCUGCAGAGCGUGGUGAGGAGCAUCCAGAGGAACGACCUGAGCAGGCCCAUGGCCCAGCUGCUGCAGCUGCUGGGCACUACGCUGGGGGUCAAACGGCAGAGGAGUUUGUACAGAGACAUCCUCUUCCUCUCCCUGGUGGCUCUGGGAAAAGAUAACAUCGAUAUUGACGCAUUUGAUCGAGAGUACAAGCUGGCGUACGACCGCCUCCUGCCGAGCGUAGUGAAGCUGACCCACAACUGUGACCGCCCCCCCAGCACGGGGGUCAUGGAGUGCCGCAGGACCUUUGGGGAGCCUUACCUGUAAACAUACACACACACACACACCAGGAUGAACUCUCCUCACCCCACAUCAUCGCUUUAAGACGAGCUCAGGAAACCUGUUGGAGACUGUGAAUGUUUUUGAAACUCUGCGAGGGAUCAUAAAGAUAGUCAGCGUCACGUUGCCUGAAACUAAAAACAGUUUUACAAACUCUAUCUCUUUAAGUGAAGGAAAGACCACUCGCCCCGCUCAUCAACAAGUUCAUGCAGUUUGUUCCCGUGAAAAUGACUGUAAAUACACAGCAAUAGAGGAUUUUUUAAAUGCAUUUAUAUUGUGUAGUCAUACAGCAUAUGAAGACUAAUCAGCAAUAUUUUAACUUGAACUCUAUUUAUACAAAGUAAGCUUUAUUUAUUGUAGUGUCUUGUUUUUGUCGGGCCUUUUAAGCUUUAUCGUUGUCGUCGGGCGUUUCUUGCCUCGCAGUUUAAAAUGUGGCAGAAUGGAUUUAGUGUUUAUAAUUGAUGAUUAGGAGGAAAGUAAAAAAUACUGCUGGAAAAAUCUGCAAAUUCAUAGAAAAAGAAUCAGAGGAUUUGGGCCGCUGUAAAAGGGUUAGCAGUGGGCUCUAAAAAGAAAUCUUGAAAAGCAUAAUUCACAAAUGUUCAACAUAAUUCAGAAAAAUGAUGACCCGCUUUUAUAAACUGACUGAUAACCAGCCGUUAGUUGCGGCCCUAAUUUAAAUGUUUCAAAUCCACUUUUUUAAAUCUGCCUUUAAUGUCGGUCCAGGGUCUGAAGACAAACGUUCGCUUUGCUUCUCAAACCAUUUUCUCUACGUCUCAAUGUGUGACUUUGAUUCCUUUUCCUUUUGAUUCCUCAACAUAUUUAGUUUGUUUACACACCUGUCUUUAACUUUAUCAAACAAAAGUUUUCGUCUAGAUCAGGGGUGUCCAAACUACGGCCCGGGAGCUAUUUAUAAUGGGCCCGCAGUAAAUGAUGGAUGGAAUGUGGCCUCUAGUGAGGGGCCCGGCCCUUCGUAUAUCUUUCUCUAUGUGGCCCUCGGUGAAACAUGUUUGGACACCGCUGGCUUAGCCAUUGAGUUUACUUCACCAGUGGAGCAUUGCUGGACAUAUCAGUAUUACUGCUCAUCAUGUGUGUACUAAACGUGCCGACUGUUCAGAUGAAUUCACUGACUCACCUCCUCAUACAGAAGCUGCUCUGAACCCAACUGGUGUGUCAGCAUAUCCUCUAUCCUGUAAGGAAACACAUUCUGUCAGCCAUGUUGGAGGUUUAGUGUUCUUUAAGUCCUAUAAUGUCUGAGUUUCAUUUUGUAUCAUUAUGAUAUCUCUCACCACUACAACAGAGGACAAGAGCAAGUUUUUGCAGAACAUCCCAAAAACUUUAUUCGGAGGUUGUUUGUUGGUAAAACCCAGAAGAAGAAGCUUUACCCAUAAAUAUAUAAUAUUUUGAAUGUACAUGCACUUAACCAGCCUCUGAAUGUUCAGCCUGUGACGAUGGAUGACUUAAAUCUGCUCCUCACUCACUGAGGGCUCACACAGCCUGAGGAGCUCCGAGAUGUGUUUGAGUGUUGCACCUGAAGGUGGAUUCUGUGGUUUCUGAAUUUUUCGAGAUUUUAUGAUUGUCAUUGAUUUGUGUUUACAUAUAAAACCAAAAAUGGACCCUAAUAUCAUGCCCAAAGGAAAUGCUAAUGAGGCAGACAGGACUUAAUGUUUGCUGCUACAUGUGUACGUGAACCACUUUGACAAUGUUUCUAGAACCCACUGUCUCAAACAUGAUGCAGUCACUCUGUAGUUAAUCCUCCAUUCGAAUGCAUCACAAAUGCAGAAAUGUCAAAAUUGAAACUUUAUCAAUUUCCACCCCACCCCCCACUGUUUUCUUUAAAAAAACGAUUUUGAUUCAAUGAACUAAAAGGCAUUUAAUAUUCUGUUCAAUGUGUCCUCUGAGGGGUGGAUAUAUGUAAUGUAUGAACAGUUCCAUUUAACAUGAAGUAUUGUUACAUGAUGAAGUUUCCAAAAUAACAAACGUCUUUGUACACAUCUGCACAAAUCUACUUCUGCAUUUUUAAAGCUCAUGUUCUGACUGCAUUUCUAUAAAAAAAUAAUGGAGAGGAGACACAUUUUAGACAUGUUUUAAAAGGAUUCUGUGAAGGGAAAUGAUACCAAAUACAUUUUGAACUGGAUCAACCGCCAUGGUUGAAGGAGGACCCUCGAGUCUAAACUCUUGACGGUCUCAUGAAUGUCAACCAUGUGUGAUCUGUGGAAAACUAACUGGAAGUUGCACUUUUCCUCUGGAGAGUGAGCGGAGAGGACUGCGAUGUCAGCUGCUGGAAAGAAAAAAGCUGCCAUCCAUCUGUGGAUAUUUGUCGUGUUUAAAGCUGUACAAAGUGAAUGAUUUUGCAGGAUCUGGGGCCAUGUACAUUUUGAAUUGUUAGCCCUUUGUAGAAAUCACAUUUUAUAACAUGUGGUGGCGGUUCUGUACAGCAACCAGAUCCACAGACUGCUUAUCUGUAAAUAAAAUCACUUACACUCA